AUGCCCAUUCCAUUCUCCUUCGCGGCCCCCUGCUACGACCGGAUGGUCCCUCUAGCGACCGGCGAGAUCCGCCCCGCCGGCCUGGACCUCAAUUUCGUGGAAGUGCAACACCCGCGCGACGUGUUCGAUCGCAUGGUGCGCAACGGGGAAUUCGACGCCUCGGAGCUCUCCAGCAGCGAGUUCAUCACGCGCUACGUGGCCGGCGACCGGACGUUUACUGCCGUGCCGGCGUUUCCGCUCCGAACGUUUCGGCACGGGUAUAUCGUGGUGAAUACGGAUCGGAUCAAAUCGCCGGCAGAUCUCGCGGGGAAGCGUGUCGGCGUGCAGCUGUAUACAAUGACAGCGGCGGUGUGGAUUCGGGGACUGCUGAUGCAUGAAUAUGGGGUCGAUUUGGGCAGUAUAACCUGGGUGGAAGGGCGGAUGGACGCGCCGGGGGCGCAUGGGAAGCCGUCGGUGUUGAUUCGGCGGGUCGGGGAUGAUGGGCCGUUGGCCCGGAUUGAGAAGAAUGAGAGCGGCAAGUCAUUGAAUCAGUUACUGGUGGAGGGGGAGAUUGAUGCGACGAUCGGGGCGGAGGUGCCGGCGUGUUUAUGGGACAAUGAGCAGUCGCCGCAGAUUCAGCGAUUAUUUCCGCAUUACAAGGAAGCGGAGAAGUCGUAUUAUCGAAAGACGGGCAUCUUCCCGAUUAUGCAUCUGGUGGCGAUCCGACGGGAGGUGUAUGAGAAACAGAAGUGGGUGGCGACAAGCUUGUUCCAGGCGCUGAAUGAGUCCAAGGAGUUAGUGCGGAAACGGACGUAUAUGCCGGGGAUGAUUCGGUGUAUGUUGCCCUGGCUGCGGGAGGCGUUGGAGGAAACGGUCGAGGUAUUUGGGGAGGAUUGUUGGCCCUAUGGGAUUGAGACGAAUCGCAAGACGUUGGAAGCGCUGGUGCAGUAUCUGUAUGAGCAGGGGAUGAUUGAGCGCGUGGUGACGGUGGAUGAAUUGUUUGCUCCGGUGCAGGAGGCGCCAUUUGUCCUUCAUUAG